AUGGAUGAUGAACUCAGGUACAGCGAGUCACAUCUGCUUUCAAAGGAAGAUCAUAGCGAGAGCGCUCAUACGACACUACAAAGGCAUGAGAAAUCCAGAUUUCCAAUUCUGACUAUAUCAAUUGUCUUCCUCUGGACGAUCAUCGUAUAUUCCGUGGGAUUUGCAUCCGCACAACCAUGGCGUGCCGGUAAAUGGGGUUCUUUUGAGAGAGGGUUUUCGGAAGAGCAAGUCAUUACUCCAUCUCACGUUUUCGAACUCACACAAACGGUGUUUACCGGGGGUGUUGAUUUCACACCCGAUGGCGAAGAGAUUCUAGGCCCAUCUAAAUACGUUGGCGAACCAUCUCCGGAGAUUGAUGCAGCGUGGGAUGCGAUUAUCGGGGGCGAAUCUCACUACUUCUCGGUGUCUGAAGACGAAGCCAUCAAACUUUGGGGUAAGGACUUUGAAAGGUAUAGGGACAGAAUAAGAGGGGGCUGGACAGGAACAUUAGACUUGUUCCAUUGCUUGCAUUGUCUAAACCAAUUAAGAAAGGCUCUCAGGCGGGAUAUUUAUCCCGAGGAGAAGUAUCGUGGUACAGUACAUCAAUUACAUUGCAUCGAUCACUUGAGACAAGUGAUACAAUGCCAAGCAACAUCUGUCAUUUCUCCAAGCGAAUAUCAUGACCGGCGUGGACAGUAUAUCAAUCCUAAGCAGCUGCACACGUGCAGAAGCUUUGAAAAGUUGCAUGAGUUCUCCAAGGCACGGUAUAAUGGUACUAUCGCAGUGCCACGAAGCAAAAGAAUUCCAUUACACCCCCAGGUGUUAUCUCCAUAG